AACAAAACACGAGUGACAGAAGCGUGAGUCCAGAGCAGAGCCUGGAGGGGGAUUUAAACGGGUUUGUUUGGAAAAGAGACUUGAGUUAUAGGUGUUUAAUUGCGCUUCCGUAAUGUCGGUCAAAUCGUUAUAAUAUGAAAUGUAUACUAUUUAUAACCGUUUUGCGUUGAGACUACAUUAUAGGAUGUGUUAGAUCGUAAUAAUCUACAUAUGAUCUCAUCGGGAGUCAUGCUUCAUUCACAGUUGGAGAUUUUUUAUUGAAAACAACAACAACAAACAUGGAGGCUGUGUUUAAUAAAAUGUGGCAUGAAGUCGUGUUUCCCUCCGUGCCGUUUGUAUCUUUCACUCUUUUCAUCAUUAUUGUUUUCUCUCUGCUCAGGCAGUAUCGACUGAGUAAACAAUUGUUUGUAAACAUCCCCCCGGGCCCAAAACCACUUCCGGUUGUUGGGAACUUCGGAAGCUUGUUGGUGCCCCCGUUUCUUCUGAAGCUGUUCGUCCGGAAAGCUGAAGAGUAUGAAAAGCAGAGAGCAAGCCCGCUUUCCCCACAGGUCGGUUUAACGGAUCUGUCGAAGGUUUACGGUAACGUGUACAGCCUGUUUGUGGGCAGUCAGCUGGUCGUGGUGCUGAACGGAUACGAGCUGAUCAGAGACGCGCUGUCCAACCACGCAGAAGUCUUCUCUGACAGACCUGACAUCCCUCUGAUCACCAUUCUGACCAAACGGAAAGGCAUUGUGUUUGCACCUUACGGUCCAAUCUGGAGAAAACAGCGCAAGUUCUGCCACAUGUCUCUUCGAAACUUCGGCCUGGGCAAGCUCAGCUUGGAGCCCUGCAUCCGCGAGGGAUUCGCCAUGGUCAAGGCUGAGCUGCUGAAGCGAAACCAGGAGGCAGGAGGACAGGGAGUGGACCUGACUCCUUUGAUCAGCAACGCAGUGUCUAACGUGAUCUCCUCGAUCAGCCUGGGCCAGCGUUUCCAUCACCAGGAUGAGGAGUUCUGCACGCAGAUGAACCUCAUGGCCCACGGUCUGGAGAUCAGCAUGAACAGUGCCGCCCUGCUCAUCAACAUCUUCCCCUGGCUCUACUACGUCCCCUGUGGUGUUUUCAAGCAGCUCCGCCAGGUGGAGAGGGACAUCACGGCAUUCCUGAAGAAGAUUAUAGCUAGGCACAGGGCCACACUGGACCCCGAGAACCCCAGGGAUUUCAUCGAUAUGUAUCUGGUGGAGAUGCUGACCCAGCAAAAAACAGGAGGAUCAGAGGAGGAUGGAUUCUCCGAGGAUUACCUGUUCUACAUAAUAGGGGACCUGUUUAUUGCGGGGACGGAUACGACCACUAAUAGCAUCCUGUGGAUGGUCCUGUACAUGUGUUUACAUCCUGAUGUUCAAGAGAAUGUCCAGCGAGAGAUCGAUGCAGUAGUGGGACGUGGAAGGCUGCCGUCGCUGACUGAUAAGGGCACGCUGCCCUACACCGAGGCCACCAUCAUGGAGGUGCAGAGAAUGUCUGUGGUGGUGCCUCUGGCUAUUCCUCACAUGGCUUCCAAGACCACAGAAUUCCAUGGGUACACUAUUCCAAAGGGGACAGUCAUCCUUCCCAACCUCUGGUCGGUCCAUAGAGAUCCCACCGUGUGGGAGAAUCCAGAUGACUUCAAUCCUUCACGGUUUCUGGAUGAACAAGGCCAACUCCUCAGGAAGGAAUAUUUUAUUCCAUUUGGAAUAGGUCGGAGAGUGUGCAUGGGAGAACAGCUGGCGAAGAUGGAGCUCUUCUUGAUGUUCACCAGCCUGAUGCAGGCUUUCACAUUCCGCCUCCCUGAGGGACAUCAGCCUCUGUCCAUGCACGGACGCUUCGGCCUUACGCUGGCUCCCUGUCGCUUCAGUGUGUGUGUAACGCCACGCUAAACUGAAACACAAACGUCGUCAGAAACUCACAGAGACAACAAUGAUAUUGAUUUCUUAAUGCGUUUUAGGGCAACGAUUCAUUCAAACGAAGGUGAAGAGCUCCAGUAGUGGAGCUAGUCAAACAAAUUCCAGCUGAUUUUGAUAAAGCGAGACCAGUGUGAAACUGGUUUGAGCUUCAGUUGUAAAACCAGUGGUUUGUAACAAAUCAUUUCACUAAAUUGUGUCGGAUUAGUGCAGAGUAUUAGAAUACUGAAUACUAAAAUUGCCCGUAGUUUUGGUAUUCGUGUCUAAUUUCACAUUCAGCUUUUGCACUUUACUACUUUGAAAAUGUGUACGUCUGACCAUUUCAAAAUCACGGUCGUAAUAUCAUAAUACUAAAACAGUUCAUUUACAGUU